AUGCCUCAGGAUCAUAGGUUAGGUACAAUACUAGGAGAGACUCUGUUGUUAUCGCGAGCUUUAGGCUCGGGAGCCUACGGGACUGUAUAUUAUGCCCAGGACUUAAUAACCGGAAAAGAGUAUGCCGUGAAAGCUCUCAACAAAAGAAAUGCCUAUGGACAACCUUUGGACGCAAAAGCACGACUUUAUCAGUCAAGAGAGAUAGCCUUACACUGGAAUGCUUCGGCGCAUCCUAAUAUUGUAUCGAUGUAUAAGAUUCUCGACGACCCGGACUGCACCUAUGUUAUCUUGGACUACUACCGGGAAGGAGAUCUUUUCUCUAAUAUUACUGAGGGUGGUAGAUAUGUAGGUCACGAUGCUCUAAUCCGGAGCAUCUUCCUCCAGAUCUUGGAUGCCACGGAACAUUGCCACCGUCUUGGAAUAUACCACAGGGAUCUCAAGCCUGAGAACAUUCUAGUCUCCAAUUCUGGUCGUACCGUUUGCCUAGCAGACUUUGGAUUGGCCACACAGGAACCCACAUCUCGUGAUCACGGAUGCGGAUCUACAUUUUACAUGUCUCCAGAACAAUCAUAUGCACCAUACAGAUGUGCACCGAACGACGUCUGGUCUCUCGGGGUAAUCUUGGUCAAUCUCACAUUUGGAAGAAACCCUUGGAGACAAGCCUCAUGGGAUGAUGCCACAUAUAAUGCCUUUCUCAAGAACCCAGAUUUCUUGAAGACCAUUUUAAACCCAUCGGACGAACUUAAUAUCAUUUUACAAAUGAUCUUUCAUCCAGACCCAGAGCUCCGUAUUACUGUUCCGGAGCUGAGAUUGAUGAUACAACGAUUGCCAGGCUUUUACUCAUCCCCCUCUUCCCCAAGAACAUUCCGUACCAAAAUUACCAACAAUUUGUCAAACGACUCUGGCUACUCCACGUCGUCUCAAUAUGUCGCAAGUCCAUUCCGAUCAUCAUCGUCGUCUCACGACUCGGCUAUUUUCAUUGAAGAUGAUUGCUCAAGCACGCACAAUGGAACCGCCAAUUCAACUCAAUCAUUCCGUAAUAAUCGUCUUCCUAAUUUGAUCGGCCAUAAUAUGGAGGAUUGCAUGGGCCAUUUCCAAGGCCAUGUUUAUUCCAAUGGUAACCGUAGGGAGAGUGUGCUCCUCCCUUCUCAACACUUUAUUCCAUACUCGACAGGUGCUCCUCCAUCGCCACCAACUACACCACCUCCAAACGUUGCACAGUUUCCACGAAUGUCUUAA